AUGAUGGACAGCAAACCUAUCGAAUUCGUGAGCAGCGCUCCGCCUGGCACCAACAAGGAAGAGAAGCAGCAAAGCUUUGUGCCAAGGGCACAUGCGGCCAAGGGUGAGCCCUGGCGUCGAAAAAGUGAAGAAGCUGGCAGACGAUCGUUGUACAAGACGGAACAAGAUACUGCUGCAGGUCGCUGGCAAGAGACUGGUCCACACCACCCUCCAAUGGUAGAUACGCAGCGUGGAUUGGAUGCAGACGACUCGUCUCAAACCAAGCACACAUGUGUACGGUUCGUGCCCAGGACCAUCUCGCCUACCUUCGGCGCGACCUCAUUCAACACGUUCGACGCCAGCCACGACUCUUUGAGCUCUCAAAAGUGCGUCAUGCUAUCGACCACCGUAUGGCCAUCCGCCGUGGGUCAAGCGGUAGCAAAGGCAUGGUUUGAAGACUUCUGCUCCUCACCCGUGCUGUACCACGCACACUGCAUGGCAGCGACGGCCUAUCGGGACUUACUAUCGAAGUGCUUCCUGUGUAGUGGCGGCAAGUUCAUGCUGUUCCACAAAGCAAGCGCGAUAUCCCUCAUACGGGAGCAGAUUGAAAGACUUGAAUCCACGUCAGCACAAGACAUUGAGUGA